AUGAUUUUUGAAAUAUUCAAUUGUUCACCACUUUGUUGUGCAAACAAAUCUUUUAAAAACCAAAAACUAAAACACAAAAAAUCUUCAACAACAUUAAAUGAUUAUCUUCAACGUUCUUCUAAUUUAAAUAAAAAAUAUUUAAAUUUUGAAAGAAAUGAUUGGAAAAAAUAUUGUGGAAUUAAAUUACAUGUUUUGGAAGCAACAAAAAUAAUUUCAAUUUUUGGAUGUUUAUUUGCUUUUUUCCCUUUAUUUUUAUUUAAAUUUUCUUUAUUUGAUAUAAAUUAUUUUAAUUUGUUAAUUAAUUGUUUAACUGUGUUUUUGGCUAAUGGAAGUUUGUUUAUGGCAAUUAAACAACGAAAAGCAAUUCUUUGUUUACCCUUUCUUUUAAUUAACAUGCUAUCAAUUUCCUUAAUUUUCAAUUAUAUUUUCAUUAUUCUCCGAAUGUUUUCUCCCUGGCCUGUUUUGGAUACAAUUUUGGGUAUUGGAUAUGUUAGUGAUCAAUUGGAGGAAGAAGAUAGAGAAUUAGCUUCCGCUUCCAUUCGUUUACUACUUCUUUGGCUAUUUUUAUUUAUUUUUAUUGCUUGCCUUCUUUUAUGGAUUGAAUUAAUUGUUAUACAAACAUUUAAAUAUUUAACGAAAAUUUCUGUUCAAAUUGCUGAUAUUGAAGUUUAUCGUUCUGUUUAUUUUAUUGAUAACAAUUCUGAAAGUAAAAAUUCAAAAAAGAAAAAUUCAGAUUGGUCUUCUCUUUGGCUUUAA